CUGCCUUAUUUCUUUGUGGAGUUGGUAUUAUUUUUGACUGUGUACAAUGUGUCUUGAUCAUACUCGUAACUAAACCUUAGGUGGUAGCUGGCUGACAAAUCAGUUAAAAUAACAGUAACAACGACCCUUAAUGGCCACAUACUAUCAUGUGUCUAUAAGCCAUCAAACAAAUAUACGGAGACCAAAGUUACUUUCUGAUCAAAACACCAUGGCUCAUGCAGCUUAGUUCUUUAAUUUGCGUAUUAGUUGAUUGAGGCAGGUUUGUCAGAUUGUGGGGAAGUACUAUAGAUGCUAUGUUAUUUUUAUAUGAUAUAUUUUUAUAUUGAUUUGUAUAUGAAUUAACUACAGUGAACCCAUACAACAACAUUCAUCUUUAUUUCCUGUUCCGUGGACAUUCAAAAUUGGAAUUACCGUAAUGAUGCGAAUACAGCAGGGCGUAUUUUUCUGGAGACGACAUUUGAUAAAGUGGCGUGGUCUACAUGGAGGACCUGAGACGUAAUAGUCAAUAGGAACUUUUAAAGAGGCGCACGCUUGAACUACAUAUUUAUCAUCUCUCUAUGAGCAAAAAACCCUAACUGACAACUUCCUACAAUGUCAAAAGACGGAGAAGAGGCACCCCAAAAUACGCACGAGGAGCGUCUGUCCAGAGUGUUUGACGAAGUGAUGGGGCUCGGAGACUUUGCUGACUCCUCCAGGGGCUCCGCCAGCUCCUCUCAGACGAAGCAAAGGGAGGUGACGAAACCUCAGGACAAGGGGAAUGCCAACCGGUAGAAGAAGAGGAUACCAACGACAGCAGCAAGGAAGAAAAGAUGGAUGAGGGCGCAGGAGAGUCAUCCUUGCCUCGCACGUCCUCCCCUUCCACUGUCCGACCCUCCUCGUUUAGCGUGGGAACUACGGAAAGAGGACGAGUGGACGGGACUGCAUGUGAUGAUGCACUAGAUGGCCUUCCUGUAUUUGGGCCAGAAGAAGAUGACGAGGUCUUGCCAAUUGACAGCCUUGAGGACGCUAAUGUGGGUAAAAAAGCUGCCCAACAAGAUGCCGCAAGCAACGCUACUCCAGGUGAACCCUCUGUCGGUCAUCCCAUAGAGGAGGCGGAGGUCGAGGAGGAGGUGGAGGAGGAGGAGGAGGAGGAGGAGGAGCAGCAAGAGAGGGGAGGAAGCACAGGGUCUGCUAACACCUCCCACUCCUCAAAAGACCACACGCUUGAUAACAGCCGAGAUGAAGGCGUCCUGAACCAGACGGAGGAGACUGAAGACAGCCAGGAGGGAGACAGGUCCGAAGCAGCUCCGAUGGAGGACAGUAAUCCCGCAAUGUCUCCUACGAUCAAUAUUAAAGACGAGCCCAUAGAUGAGGGCUACGACAAAGCUCUACUGCCUCAGAGCUCCAUCAGACAGAUCAAAGAGGAGCUAGAGAACCAGGAGGAGGAGCUGAGGAUCAGCUCAGUCUACUCUGUGGGUGGAGGGAGCACCUUUACGUCCCCUACCGUUGGAUCGGUUAGCAGGACAGAUAUCCUGCAAGGAGGGAUGAACAACUUUGUCAACUUUGCUGUGAAUCUGCAAGAGAGAUCUCAAAUCUGGAUGACUUGUCCCACAUUUCCAGCGCCAGUCCCAGCUCCCCCGACGACGGCCAUCUUCAUUCCAGGUCGAGGAACUGUCCUUCAAGGCAUGGCUCCAUUCCCCCUCAGACCGCCAGCUCCAAUCACAAGCUCCAUGCCACCUCUGAUACCUGCUCCACCCCGCCCGCCCCUGCCCUCCGUUCCGGGGAGCGUGCGCUGCAGUGGCUGCUCUAAGGUUCUGCUGAAAGGCCAGACAGCAUUCCAAAGGAAAGGUUCAACGCAGCUGUUCUGUUCCACAGUCUGUCUGACUGGCCAUCUGCCCGCGGCCAACAAGAACCGGUCCUGUUUCCAGUGCAACAGGGAGAUCCUUCAGCCCAGGGACACCAUCACCAUUCCAGGAGACGAAAACAACACCGUCUUUAACUUCUGCGGCCAGUUCUGUCUGUCAGUCUUCAGACACAAAAAGAAACCUGCAAGCAGGAUCCCCGAAAAACGAAUAGAGAAGAAGCCCGAGAAGCCGCCCGAGAAACCGGCGGAGCAACCAACUGACAAGCCCGUUUGCAGUGUCUGCAGGGUCUCUAAUAAACAGAUUGAGCCCGAGGUCACCCAUCAAGGUCGUCUCCACAGACUCUGCAGUGAUGCCUGCUUUGUAACGUGGCGCAAGAUGCGGCACCUUGCGAUGAACUGCUGUGAAGGCUGCGGACUUUACUGCAGCAGCAGCUCAGGCGCCUGUCAGACGCUCACAAUCGACAGAUCGCAGCUCAACUUCUGUGGUCCCACCUGUAUUGGCACCUACAAACAGAAUUGCAAAAAGACUGUCGAGUGUGCCUACUGUCACAAGGUGGCGAUAGUGUCUUUCACCAUCAUGGAACGAGACCAGAAGGGGAAAGUCCAACUGUACUGUUCAUCUCCUUGUGUGGAACGCAGUCGACCACCGAGACACGUCCUCACUGGUACUUCAUUCCCCUGCUGCCUGUGCAAAGUCACAGCUGUCCCUCAGUAUCAUCUGGCCAUGGUGGACGGCACCAUUCGGAACUUCUGCUCCUAUGACUGUGUGACCAUAUACAGGAAGUCCGGUAUCACCUCUCAGCCGGAUCUCAUCAAUGGAACCUCUGUUCUCAAGGAGCCCUCCAUCAAAGAAGCCCCCAAACCUGGGCCCUCUGCAGGAGCCAGCUCAGUCCCUCCCGUCCCUCAGGGCCACCCAUCUUCAGUCCCCUACCAGGCCCACCAUCUCAGUCACACCUCAGUGCCCCCGCUGGUGCCUCCCUACCCAACCAUGUCCUCCCCCUCUGUCCCGGGGCAAGCCCAGGCCAGAGCACCUGCCGGUCCGCCCCUGAAACCAGCAGAGGUCGGACUUAGUGACACCUCCAAGCUGACCUGCCAUCAGUGCAGCAAACGGUUCAACACGAAGCCGCUGCUAUUCAGUCACCAAGGUCAUAUUUCUAUGUUCUGCAGUAAGACGUGCUGUGAGCAGUAUAAAACCCAGAAGAAAAUCCUGAUUGUGUGUGAGUUCUGUAAACAGGAGAAAGUGUUCUUUGACACCAUGAACUACAACCAACAGGACCUGAUCUUCUGCGGGGAAAGCUGUAAGCAGCUUUUCAAGCAGGACCUGACAUCUCGCAACAAGGAUCAUCCGUGGCGCCCGUGCGCCUACUGCUACGGCAUCAGCCAGAAGAUGCUGCACAGUCACUACGGAGGCAGGCUGGAGGAGUUCUGUCGACCCCACUGCAUGUCCCAGUUCACUGUCCUCUACUAUGGGAUGGGUCGGUGUGACACUUGUCGCAAACAGGGCUACAUGGCUGAGAAGCUGCAGUGUUUGGGCUCAGUCCGUAAUUUCUGCAACCUGCCCUGCCUCCAGCAGUACUGCUACCUGCAUUUUGAGGCGAGCCGGCACACCAGCAGUAACGGCACAGGAACGGCACCGCAAACAUCGCACGCACCAACGCAGCCCCACCACUCCUCAAAGAUGAACCCCGUCAUAGCCGACGUUGUAUCGCUGGCCAAUGGCUCCGCCUCUCAGCCCAGCGUGUCAGCAGACACUGCUCUCACUGGAUCACUUCCAACUUCCAACGUUGACGGCAAGAACCUAGACCAUGCCAGCACUCAGACUGACGCCAUGCGAGUGCCGAUGCCCCGCCGACGCCAAAUGAAGAAUAAGUCUGUUCUGUGUCGGCCCUUCACCAUGGACCAAGAGAGCAUGUGCCAGCUGCCCACGCCCUUCGAUGAUUCAAUGACAGCUCUGACCUCGCCCUCAGUAAGCACCUCUGCAGGGCAGGACACUGUGAAAGUGGUGGUUGUGCCGGUCCCAGUGCCGAUCUUCAUCCCAGUGCCUAUGAACAUGUACUCCCAGCACACACCUGUUCCAAUGGCCAUACCCGUUCCUCUCCCAGUGCCCAUAGCGGUGCCACCACAGAAGAAGCAAAUGAAAGAUGCAUCUGUGCAGUCAGAGCCUGUGGCUUUGGAGGAUGAAAAGCCAAAAGAUGGGCCUGGGGACACUGCAGACCAAUGCAGUUCCUUUAACACAGACAAGUCACAGGGGGUCACUCCCGUAAUGCGUGAAGAGGAGGACACUGAAAAAGCGGUACAGGCUGACCUGCCGCGUACUGUUAGCGAAGGGAGCGUCCCUACAUCAGCGCUUCCCCAACAUAAUACUCAGCCCAAGGGGACCACGACCACGAGCCACCCACCAUCCACCGGGGCUGACCCUCAAGCGCCAUGCUCUCCGCUGAUGGACCUGGAGACGGACAUCCCGAACGAACCGUCGGAUCAGACGUCCUCUGCUCCACGGAGAGGCGUGAAGAGACCCAGAGAAGGUUACUCGGGCCGCAAACGGGGUCGAAGACGAACUGUGACUUUGAGCCGCAGCCCUGUAGUGACUCCAGCAGCCCCCAAACUGAACCACCUGUAUGGGGUCAAAGCCUGGAGGAGUUGGGUCCAGCAACAGAACAAACUCCCGAGACAAUCCAAUCUAGUGGACAUUAAAGAAGACGUCCUCCAGUGCAACUCAGCGGAGCUGAGCUUUGCUCUGUCUCACUUCAUCAGAGACGUGCGACGGCCCAACGGAGAGACCUACAGCCCAGACAGCAUCUUCUACCUCUGCCUGGGGAUACAGCAGUAUCUGUUCAUGAAGGGCCGCAUAGAGAACAUCUUCACAGACGAGCUGUACAGUCAGUUUGCUGCCAGGAUCAGCGGGAUGUUGUCCCUCUGGAAGCCUCGACUGCUCCCUGGUGGUGGUGUUACCUCCUCCCGUGUGGUGGAGUCCUACCUGUGGGAGUGCAAGCAGCUGGGCGCCUACUCCCCCAUAGUGUUGCUCAACACGCUGCUCUUCUUCUGCACCAAACACUUUGGCUUCACCACGCUGGCGCAGCACCAAAGCCUCUCCUUUACCAACUUCACUCGACACUCCAAACCCGGCAAACGGGCCGCCAAAGUCGACUACCUCCGGUACCACAGGGGCGGCACCGCCACGCCACACGCAGAGCGAUCGAGAAAGAGGAAGGGAGGCGAAGCGGAGGACCAUGAGCUGCUUGAAAAUGUUGCCAACCCGCUGCACUGUCCUGUCAGACUCUACGAGUUCUACCUCUCCAGAUGCCCGGAGUCGGUGAAGACGAGAACUGACGUGUUCUUCCUGCAGCCAGAGCAGCUUGUGCACACCAACAGUUCCCACUGGUACACCUCUCAACCUCUAGACGCCACCACUCUGCAGAACAUGCUCACGCGCAUCUCGGCCGUCAGAGAGGUUCACCAGCACUUGGAGCAGGAAGCAGCUCGGCAUCCACCCUCCGUUGCCCCUGACAACGGUGGCCUACAGUGACACAGAGCUCUCCUUUUUCACACCCGGCUCGCAGACACCUGAUCUGAUGGCGAGCAGUGAGCGAGGUGCUCCGCCGCCGCUCAGUCAGACGGGGGCUCGAUGGCGACACAGUGAGAGGACGACUUUGUCACGAGCGGCCUUUGCGUUCUGCUAACCAGGUGGCCGUCCUGCUCCACAGAAUCAACACACAAUGUGCUUACAAACAUGCUCUCAAAUAUGAUGAAGAGUUCAUUUCACCCGAGCGGUGUUUAAGCCCAACUGUGGCGUGUUUGUUUACCAUCUGUAAUAUCCGUGCCAAGCCUGUCCGAGAAGCUGGACAGGCGUGAGCAUCCGCUGUGUCGGAGAAACGUCGGUUGCUGACGUAGACUGCGAGUUUACAUCCCUCAGGCCCUGUCAGAUCUGUUGAUUGAAAAUUCACAGAAAUGUAAAAAUAAUGACUUUUUUGGGAACAAUAAAAAAAAUUGUCAAAUACAUACAGGUACGUAGAUGACAUUUGACCCACUAAGCAUUAGGGACGGUGGGCUGAUGUCCAGCGUCUGGCUUAUCUUGUGGUUGAACAGCGUGUGGCUCCAAGCCACAGACGCCUGAGGAGCUGUGACCUGACAGUGUGGCGUGUUCAUCCCUAACUGUUCAUCAUAAAUCAGCAUACUGCAUAUCGGUCCAACCCUGAGAGAGGAGACUCAUCUCUGAUCUUUGUUGUUUGAAGGUUGUCGAGCUACUUGAGGAUUAUGUGGUUCCACUCGCUUCUUCAUGGUGUGUGACCUUAUUUCCUUUGGAGUUUAGGGUUAUUAGCUUAUGCAGCUGAAGUGAAAUAGCUGAUUACCCACAUUUACCUAAUUGAUAUUUUUGCAUCAUGCCAAAAGGUUGGCCGACUCCUGCCCUCCUGAAGCAGCAUGGCUUCAUUUUACAAGCAUGUUAAUCAAUUUUAGAGUAAGAGUUACGGCCGCUCCCUUAUCAUGACAGGGAGCUUUGCAAGAUUAAGAUUAUUAAUACAAUGGGACCUCUCCUCUAUAUGUGGGUUUUUUUUACCCCGCCAAUAUUUUCUCACCUUGUUUCCCACUUUGUUUUUUGUUCCCUUAGAAAUGGAAUUGGGAGACUUUUGAUGAGCAGCAGAGCAGUCAAAGUACCAUCACAAUACUUGUGACCCUACUUGUCACCCUGACCCCAGACUUUUCCUGUAUUAUUGCUAAUGGUGUUUAUGGUAUUUGUGUUGCCCAUACGUCUAAUCAUUUUGAAGUGUCAUGACAAUGUGCCCAUGGUAUGAUCGACAACUAAUACACAUAGGUGUGUGUACAGCACUGUGUUGUUUGUCUGACCAGUCAAGAGCUACGGUUUGUGGCAGAUUAAAGCGUUGUUUCUCAUUUG